AUGUAAAUGUAAAUUGGUAUUGGUGCAGUUGGUGCAUCAGGUUUAGUUUCUGGUUUAGCAAAUUGCACUAAUCUCUCAAAUUUAGGUAAUUAAAUUGGUGAUAUUGGUUCUGCUUUAGGAAAUUGUACUAAUCUCUCAAAUUUGGAACUUAGUCUUUAUGGAAAUUAAAUAGAUGUAUCAGGCUUAGGUUCUGGUUUAGCAAAUUGCACUAAUCUCUCAAAUUUGGAACUUCGUCUUAGUGGAAAUUAAAUUGGUGAUAUAGAUGUAUCAGGCUUAGGUUCUGGUUUAGCAAAUUGCACUAAUCUCUCAAAUUUGUCACUUAUUCUUAGUAGAAAUUAAAUUGGUGAUAUAGGUGUAUCAGGCUUAGGUUCUGGUUUAGCAAAUUGCACUCAUCUCUCAAAUUUGUCACUUAUUCUUAAUGGAAAUUAAAUUGGUGAUAUAGGUGUAUCAGGCUUAGGUUCUGGUUUAGCAAAUUGCACUCAUCUCUCAAAUUUGAUACUUUUUCUGGAUAGUAAUUAAAUUGGUGAUAUUGGUGUAUUAGGCUUAGGCUCUGCUUUGGUAAAUUGCACUAACCUCUCAAAUUUAGUACUUGACCUUAAAUCGAAUUAAAUUAGUACAGUUGGUGCAUCAGGUUUACGUUCAGCUUUAGCAAAGUGCACUAAUCUCUCAAGUUUGAAACUUUAUAUUGAGGAAAAUGAAAUCUGA